AUGCUUAUUUUCUCUAGCAAGUUGAGGAAACUUAUGAAUUUAUAAUUUACCAAAGUUGAACUUUUAAAAGCAUUCUAAAAUAGUUCUGUAUAUUUGCAUAAAUCAGAUAAAAUAAUCGAAGAAAACUUAAUAAAGUAAAUGUAACUCUUUUAAAUAUAAAUUGAAAAAGAGAAUCUUAUGAUGUAUAAAAGAGCAGAUAUAGCAUCCAUUACUCAAGCUAUAAAUUAUUUAAAUGAAUCUAAUCCUAUUCAAUCACUAAAUAUUCAAGUUGAGACCUUAAAAAAAAGAAUUAGAAAAAUUUAAUCGUCUUAAAAGAAUUGA